ACUCAAUUGAUGACCUUUAUUUUUAAAUAAAGCAACAUGGCUGGACAACAACAUCCUUUCUUGGGUGGGUUUCCCAAUGUACAACAAUCCGCUUUACGUACACAGUUUGGUGGCGGACAAAUGGUUUCUAGUUUAAUGGGACCGCAACAAGGAAACAUGGUAAAUCCUCAACAAUUUGGUGUGGGAGUAGGUGUUGGGGUCGGUGUCGGUAAUGUCGGAACUAAUGCCAUGGGGAUGCCCAGCUCUCAACAAGUAUUGGCACAGCAGCAACAGCAACAGCAUCCAUCCAUCGCGAUGCAGCAGCAACAAUUACAACAGAUACAGCAGCAACAAUUAUUGCAGCAACAACAACAGGCCGCGAUGGUUCAACAAAAUAGUCAAGCCAGCAAUCAAGCCACAACACCGCAGACUCCAGUCCCACCUACUCAGCCACCACCUCAGCAACCGCAACAAACUAAGGAAUUCAAUACCGUCAGUUUGUGUAGAUUUGGGCAAGAAACGGUGCAAGAAAUUGUCAGCCGCACUUUAGAGCUUUUCCAAACUUUGAAAGUCGUGCAACCACCUAAUGGUACAACACAAGGGACUAAUAUUGCAAAUGAAAAGAAAACUAAGAUCUACGAUCAAUUGAGGAUGUUGAAGAUGCUAUUUAAGCGUCUAAGACUGAUAUACGAAAAAUGUAACGAGAAUUGUCAACUGCAAGGUAUGGAAUACACACAUAUAGAAAGUUUGAUUCCACUGAAGGAAGAGUGGGAUAUGAAAUCCGAUGAGAAAAAAACGUCGGAAGCUUAUAGACUUAUUUGCGAAGAGAGCAAAGAAAUUACGGAGCAAGUGAUAUUGAAAAAUAGGCAUCUUAAGGAAAUAAUUGACCACUUAAGGCGUAUUAUUUCGGAGAUAAACACGAUGCUAAGUAUGCGGCGCUCCUAAAAACCAAAUAUACCUCAUUCAGCUUAGCAUAAGACAUCCCAGAAGCACUUAUCGAGAUAUAUCCUGGACAGUAUGUUAGGAUGUCUUGUACUACCUGAGAAUUAUUUCUAAUUUUAUUUUAAAGAUUAGACAUUUUCGAAAAUAAAACUAAUUAUAUAAAA